GAGAAAGAAAAAAAAAUUCAAAAAACGCAAAGAGAAGAGUCCUUUGGCGCUUCGUAACUAUGCACAGUUGCACACCGAGUCUGUAACUCACUGACCCACUCACUCGCCUGAACUCGUGGCAACGGCGGUGGUAGUAGAGGUACACCGGCACAAUGGGAGACCACCAUAACAGUGGCCGAAUCUCCGCCACUUUCAGGGCCGCAAAGCCACUCCUCCCUCUCAAAAGACCUUCUAAUUCUUCUGCCUUCCCUUCUCUCCAAAUGAAGAUUGGGUGUGAAUUUGAUGCCCCUGCAAAGAGGGUUCCUCUUGGAGAGAUCCAAUUCAACACGUGCCACAAUUCAACGUGGAAUGGUAGUUAUGCUCGUGACAAUGAUCUAAGUGAGGGGAAAAUGGCGGUUAACGCAGUUGGCGGCGAGGAGAGUGAAAAGGAGAAUGCUUUUGGAUCGUGUUUUGAUACUCUUAGGAAGGAACCAGAGUGCUCUAAGUCAGCACCGGAUUAUUUCUUGGCAACCGGACUUUUGGAUGAUGAUUUUGAUGAGUCCUUCUUGGAAGAGAUUGAUAAUUUGUGUCAGCAGAAAGCCGCAGAGAAAGAGGUAGGGCGGAGUGAGUUGCUAGAUUGUAGCCGGAGCUGCGGCGAGGUUGUUUUGAGAGAGAGCAAUGAUUUCGGCGAUGCUGUUGAUCUGAGUAUUGAUUCUAUGGCUGUAGGAAGUGGUGAAUUUGUUAGCUUUGGGGUUGAUUUGGAAACUAAAGAAGAAGAAUUCGAUGCUAAUAGAGAUAGUUUGAAAAGUAGGGAAAUGCCGGAGGAGUAUUCGAAUUACUUGCAAAACCUAAAUGAGAGGCAGAGAGAAGCAGCUUGCACUGAUAUUUCAACCCCUUUGAUGAUUGUAGCUGGCCCUGGAAGUGGAAAG